AUGACGGAAAAUCUUCACACCCACGCGAGGAGUGGAACUCUCAAUCUAGAGAAACUUGGUCAACUCCUCAUACAAUUCGAAGUUAAUGAUGAGGAUAUCUAUGGUGACACAGCCCUUGAUGUUGCAAUCCGUCACGGCCACGUAGGUGCAGUGAAGCUUCUCCUUCAAGCCGGUGCCGACGCCAAUAGAGUGCCUCCGGGUGGCAAGAGCCCUAUCUAUGCGGCCACUCAAGCCCCAAACAGCGGUCGCAUUGUUGCACUGCUGCUCAAGCACGAUGCCAAGUCGGAUGAGCCAGUCUCAGACCCGAAAGGUGACACUCCUUUGAUGUCGGCGAUCCGACAAGGCACCAGCCCCGAGGCCAUUCGCGCCCUCGUACAGGCAGGAGCAUCUAUGGAUAAGGCCAAUGAAAUUGGCGAGACCCCCAAGAAGCUUGCUGACAAGUCCACCAAUACUGCCGUCCAUAAGGCCAUUCGGCCCAAAGACGAGGCGCCAGAAUGGAAGCCCGAGUUAGAGAACUUUCUCGUGAGCUCUGGAUUAUUCGCUCUAGCCUACUUCAAAAACUUCAAGGAUGUUGGCCUUAAUGCUAUCAACCGUGUUGCUGCAUUGUCGGAACCAACACCAGGCCAAAUCCCAAAUCCUCGGACGACAGAGGAGUUCAAGUCAAACCUUGACAACUUCAUCCAAGCAAAGGGUCUUGAGGACUUCUACCCUACUGGUAGCGAGUACGUGGCUCAGGUAGCCGAGAACUCAGCGAGGAUUCUGAGCAAUUCAGCUUUCCCGGGUGCAACGCCUAGGAACGUGACCAUCAUGUCCCGCCAAGCAUUGUAUAAGCCUGUCUUUUACUGCGAUGACAGUGGCUCUAUGAAGAAUGACAACCGUAUGGAUCGGCAAGCAACCAUGGUUCAACGAAUAGCAAGCCUUAUUACACAGGCUGCGCCUCCAGAGGGCGCCCUCGUCGAUCUGCGCUUCAUAAACAAGAGCGACAAGCUCAAUGACAUCAGUCCCAGUGAUCUUUCCUCGAAGAUGACUUUUACCCCCGAUGGAUCAACCAGGCUGGGCACAAACCUAAAAGACAAAGUUUUGGAAGAUUUCCUCUACGGACCAGUGAAAAAUGGUAACACAUUGAAACGGCCAUUACUCAUCCUGACGGUCACCGACGGAUGUCCAAAUGAGGAGCCUACUUCGACAUACGAAGAUGAGAUUAGAGCAUCACUCAACUUUGUAAGAGCCAAUGGCUACGGAGAAGAAGCCGUCCGAUACGACCUUAGCCAGGUGGGUAAUGCGCCCGAGGCUACCGAAUUUUUGAAAAGCUGGGAGAUGAACAGUCUUGUCCCCCAGAACGUCAAUGUGACUGCUGAGCAUCUGGAUGUUGGCUUCGAGAAUUUCAGAGAGAACGAUGCUGACCUUAACGAUUGGGUAUGA